GCUAAGUGACGACCUGUCUGACUGACAGCAGUCAGAGACGCCAGCGAUCUGCCAGCAGUCUGCCUCAGGUUCCAGACGUUCUCAGGUUGUACAUUCAUUCCCAGUGGGCUCAGAAGAUGCCCUACCAGCCCAUCAGCACCAGGGGUGGUCCUAAACCCACUGCAGCCAUCAGCAGCCAGUCGGAUGGCAAGACAUUCGAACAGCUACGACAGGAGUGCCUGCAAAGGAAGAAGCUGUUUGAGGACCCCGACUUUCCAGCAUGCGACUCGUCACUUUUCUACAGUGAACGUGUCCCUAUCAACUUUGAAUGGAAGCGUCCAGGGGAGAUUUGUAAAGACCCUAAAUUCAUCUUGGGUGGAGCUGACAGGACUGACAUCUGCCAAGGCCAGCUGGGUGACUGCUGGCUGCUGGCUGCCGUGGCCUCAAUGACCCUUCAUAAGGAAACACUGAAUAGAGUCGUUCCUCCUGACCAGAACUUUGACCAGGGCUAUGCUGGCAUCUUCUAUUUCCAGUUCUGGCAGCACAACAAAUGGGUAGAAGUGGUCGUUGAUGACAGGCUGCCAACGGUUCGAAACCGUCUGAUUUUUCUUCACUCAGCUGAUAGCAAUGAGUUCUGGAGUGCCUUGCUGGAGAAAGCCUAUGCUAAGCUGAAUGGGAGCUAUGAGGCCCUGAAGGGCGGCAGCACUCUGGAGGCCUUGGAGGACUUCAGUGGUGGCGUGGGGGAAGUGUACGAGACCAAGAGCCCCCCCGAACAGCUCUUCCAAAUCCUGCAGAAGGCCCUGCACAGAGGCUCCAUGAUGGGCUGCUCGAUCGACAUCACAAGUUCUGCUGAGUCAGAGGCUCAGACAUCCACAGGCCUGGUUAAGGGGCAUGCCUAUUCUAUCACAGGGCUCGAAGAGGUAAAAUCCCGUGGGAGAGUGGUUCAGCUAAUCCGAAUCAGAAACCCCUGGGGACAAGUGGAGUGGAACGGACCAUGGAGUGACAACUCAUCUGAAUGGAAUUUAAUUGACAAGGCCGAGAAGAGUCGCUUGCUGGAGAGGGCCACGGAUGAUGGAGAAUUCUGGAUGGAGUUUAAUGACUUCAAGAAGAAUUAUGAUAGAGUCGAGAUCUGCAAUCUGACGCCGGAUUCACUGUCUGACAGCACCAAGAAGAAAUGGGAGGUGAAGGUAUUUGAGGGAAACUGGAUUCGUGGAUCGACAGCUGGAGGAUGCCGAAAUUACAUUGACACAUUUUGGACAAACCCUCAGUUCAAGCUGACCCUGGUGGACCCUGAUAAGGAUGAUAAUGAAGACAUGUGCAAUGUCAUCAUCGCUGUCAUGCAGAAGAACAGACGGAAGCUACGGAAGGAAGGACUCGACCUGGAGACCAUCGGCUUCGCGGUUUAUGAGUGUCCUGAUGGCAGUGAUCAUGCUGACAAAGACUUCUUCCGCUAUAACGCCUCUAAAGCACGGAGCAAGUCAUACAUCAACGUGCGAGAGCUCUCCCAACGCUUCCAGUUACCCCCUGGGAAUUAUCUGCUUGUGCCAACCAUCUUCCAGCCCCAUCGCGAGGCUGACUUCCUGAUAAGGAUAUUCUCAGAGACCAAAGCCGACUGUCUGGAAAUGGGUAACUCCAUUGAGGCCAACCUGCCAGAACCUCCUAAGCCAAGUGCACCUGAGGAGGAGAGCAAAGAGGAACAGGGCCUGAGGAAGCUCUUCCAGCAGAUCGCUGGAUCGGACCAGGUGAUCAGUGCAUGGGAGCUGCAGAAAGUGCUGACGGAGGUGCUCAGGAGGAGACAGGAAGUCAAGUUUGAUGACCUGACCAUUGACACCUGUCACAGCAUGAUCAAUCUCAUGGAUGUGGAUAACUCUGGUACUAUGGAUUUUCAAGAGUUCAAAAUCUUCUGGGAUAAAUUCAAGAAAUGGAUGAUGCUGUUCCUCUCAUUUGACACAGAUCGCAAUGGGCGUAUGUCUUCCUACGAGCUGCGCAGUGCCCUUAAAGCAGCAGGGAUGCAAGUUAACAACAAGCUACUGCAGCUCAUCUGCUUGAGGUUUGCUGACUCCAACUUCGAGAUCGACUUCGAUGACUACCUCACCUGCAUUGUACGGCUGGAAAACAUGUUCAGGGUCUUCCAAGCACUGGAUAGUGCCAAGAGAGGAGUGGUUUCCAUGAAUUUUAGUCAGUUUCUCGUACUAUCCAUGAAUGUUUGAGAACCAGAUGCUGAAGAUCAAGAGGCGUGUCAAAGAAAAGUCGUAAUGUUUUGAUCUGGUAACAUUAGGUAUGAAUCCCAAAGCCAAAUAUUCAUUAAACUGACUCAAAUUUCAUAAGGGUCCUUAGCAGUUACACACUCCUUACCCAUGUUUCCAAAGGUGAUGUUAUACUAUAUAACCUAUUUCAUACAAUAAUUAGGCUUCUGAAAUGAAAUUCUUUUUAAUAUCAGCCAUCUUGUAAAACAAUCACACUUGUGAGAACUGGUUUGGCAGGGGAACACUUGCUGAAAGAAAUGUUCAAAAGGACUCAUGGAACGGGCAUAAUAAAGGCUAAUUAUGA